CGGCCGCCGAGGCCCCACGGCAGACUCCCGAGCGGCCCGGCUCGGGCGGUGAGAGCCCCGCGCCGCCCUCCAUCCGUCGCCGGGUCGCCGGCCCUCGGCGCCUCGCCGCCGCCGCCUCACGAGUGUCCGGGCCGCGCUCGGCGGGCUCCUGAGCCGCAGCCAUGGGGUGCUGGGGUCGGAACCGGGGACGGCUGCUGUGCAUGCUGAUGCUGACCUUCAUGUUCAUGGUCCUGGAGGUGGUGGUGAGCCGGGUGACUUCGUCGCUGGCGAUGCUCUCCGACUCCUUCCACAUGCUGUCGGAUGUGUUGGCGCUGGUGGUGGCGCUGGUGGCCGAGCGCUUCGCCCAGCGGACCCACGCCACCCAGAAGAACACCUUUGGCUGGAUCCGGGCCGAAGUGAUGGGGGCUCUGGUGAACGCCAUCUUCCUGACCGGCCUAUGCUUCGCCAUCCUGCUGGAGGCCAUCGAGCGCUUCCUCGAGCCGCACGAGAUGCAGCAGCCGCUGGUGGUCCUCGGGGUCGGCGUGGCGGGGUUGGUGGUCAACGUGCUGGGGCUCUGCCUCUUCCACCAUCAUAGCGGCUUCGGCAACGACUCCGGCCACGGGCACUCGCACGGGGGGCACAGCCACGGCCUCCCCAAGGGGGGCCGCGGCAAGAGCACCCGCACCGGGGGUAGCGACAACAGGGCUACCGAGCAAGGUCCCGACCAGGAGGAGACCAACAUCCUGGUGGCCAAUAGCAGCAACUCCAACGGGCUGAAACUGGACCGGACAGAUCCAGAAAAGUCCAGAAAUGAUGCAAUGGAAGUACAAGUGAAUGGGAAUCUUAUCAGAGAACCUGACCAGGUGGAAUUGGAAGAUGAUGAUGAUAAGGCUGGACAGCUUAACAUGCGUGGAGUUUUUCUGCAUGUCUUUGGAGAUGCUUUGGGUUCAGUGAUUGUAGUAGUAAAUGCCUUAGUCUUUUACUUUUCUUGGGAAGGUUGUCCUGAAGGGGAGAUGUGUGUGAACCCAUGUACCCCUGACCCCUGCAAAGCAUUUGUAGAAUUAAUUAAUAGUACUCAUGCAACAGUUUAUGAGGCUGGUCCUUGCUGGGUGCUAUAUUUAGAUCCAACUCUUUGUAUUGUAAUGGUUUGUAUACUUCUUUACACAACUUACCCAUUACUUAAGGAGUCUGCUCUUAUUCUUCUCCAAACUGUUCCUAAACAAAUUGAUAUCAAAAAUUUGAUAAAAGAACUUCGAGAUGUUGAAGGAGUUGAGGAAGUUCAUGAAUUACAUGUUUGGCAACUUGCUGGAAGCAGAAUCAUUGCCACUGCUCACAUAAAAUGUGAAGACCCGACAUCAUACAUGCAGGUGGCUAAGAUCAUUAAAGACGUUUUCCAUAAUCACGGAAUUCAUGCUACUACCAUUCAGCCUGAAUUUGCUAGUGUAGGCUCUAAGUCAAGUGUAGUCCCAUGUGAACUUGCCUGCAGAACUCAGUGUGCUUUGAAGCAAUGUUGUGGGACACGGCCACAAGCCCAAUCUGGAAAGGAUGCAGAAAAGGCCCCAACAGUUAGCAUUUCUUGUUUAGAACUUAGUGACAAUCUAGAGAAGCAGCCCAGGAGGACUAAAGUUGAAAACAUCCCUGCUGUUGUGAUAGAGAUUAAAAAAAUGCCAAACAAACAACCUGAAUCAUCUUUGUGAGUCUUGGAAAAGAUGUGAUAUUUGACUUUUCCUUUAAACUGCAAGAGGAAAAAGACUCCAUUGAAAUUCUAUGUUUGCCAAGUAGUGUAAUUGAAGUCCUUGUCUGGUCACACAGUUUAAUUCUAUUUUUGUAAGAACAUAAUGGGACUGCUUAACAGAGUUCUAUAUUACAACUUUGUGAUUAUUAGUGCAGAGUACAGCUAUGCUGUAACAGUUUUGGAAAGCCAGUUUUAACACUAUGUUACAUUUUUGUUUAAAGUAAGUAUAAACCUUAUAUAACAUAAUGACAUUUGAUUUCCAGUUUUUCCAUGGUAAAAAAUUAAUUAGGGGGAUAAAUAAAUUAAAAUUGUUACUGGAA